UCCUACAAGAAUGAUCUUCCCCCCUUCCUAAUUCCUCUCUCUCUCUAUCUCCAUCCAUCCAUCCAUCCCAUCCAAAUGCAUAUAUAGAAGAGGGUUUGGUCAAGAAAAAUGAAAAGGGAAUACGCAGAAGAAAAUCAAGAUCAUUCCAACAAUAUAAACAACAUGAUGAUUUCCAAGUACCAUCAAACCCAAAAAUUCCACCACAAUCAUCUUCAUCCAGUACAACACAGCCCAACUCACCCUACGCCUCUCACCUAUACCUAUACCGAUACCAAUACCAGUACCAACCCGUCACCGAACGAUGACGCCACAAUUGAAAUUGUCCGCCGCCCUCGAGGCCGCCCACCUGGCUCCAAGAACAAACCCAAACCAACAGUUAUCAUAACCCAGAACGCGGAGCCAUCAAUGAGUCCUUAUAUCCUCGAACUCCCUCCCGGCGUCGAUGUUAUUGAAACCAUCACCACCUUCUGUCGGAAGCGCAAAAUGGGCCUCUGUGUACUCAAUGGUAAUGGAGCUGUCUCGAAUGUGACUUUCAAGCAACCUUCUACCGCAGUUACAUUCCAUGGACGUUUCGAUAUCAUAUCACUUUCUGCAACUAUUAACAUUUCUGAUAAUUUGGCUAGUGGGUUCGCAAUAUCCUUAGCCGGAUCACAGGGACAGGUUGUGGGUGGUCUUGUGGUUGGGCCACUCGUCUCGGCUGGAUCGAUUUAUCUGAUUUGUGCCACGUUUAAUACCCCAUCAUUCCACAGACUACCAAUGGAAUUGGAGGAUGAUUCUGUUUCUCAGUCGCCGGCGCAGACAGAGUACAGUUACAAACCUUCUGAUCAUGCUGCUAGAGCUAGACAACCUCCACCAUCUUACAGCUUAUGGAUGGAUUCUUAGUUCAGUUCUGUCCAUGUUAGUUGCUAAACUUCUUGUUAAUCACUAGUCUUGAUCUUAGUUUUGUACUUUAUUUCUGUUGGAAUUUUGGUGUAAUUUUCAAACAAUUUCAUCUUUCUAAAAUUUCAAUCAACUUAUGUAUGUUUUCUGUUAUUCA